UUUCCCAUACAAUUCUCGCUCAGUUUAUCAUUUUACCGAUAAAAAUCAAAAACAUCGAAGAGAGGAAAAUCAAAACAGAAACCCUAGUUUUUCUUCAUUUUCAUUCCUGUCUCUAAUCUGUUUUGCGUUACGUUUCGUUUUGAAUUCCAAUCUCUUCUCUUGUUUUGGUCGUCGUUCAUUCCACCUUCUUCAUAUCCGUUCUCUUCGCCCGAAUCUCAGGUAUCUCUUUCUAUUCGAUUUCCAAGGAUUAAUUUGUGGUUUUAAUCAAUUUUCCCAUCGGUAUAAAUUCUGAAUCUGUUUUGAUUUUGAUUUGUAUCGAAAAUCUUGUUCUCUGUUUUAUCAAGUUUUCGGCAAAAAAAACAAAAAAGUUUGAUCUUUCCUCACAGAAAAAAGAAAAAGCAAAAAGGUUUGCUCGUCUGACGGGCAAAUCAGGUUCGGUGAUUCGGCUUUCCGUGUCUUUUUUCAGAUUCUUCUGAACGUUAGUUGUGGGUUAUACUGAGUUCUGUAAAGCUAAGUUAGGGUCUAACUCCAGGUUCUUCGUCUUCUUCUGCUUCUUUUGGGGGGGUAGCCGGGGCUUAGGCCUCGGCGGGUUUUAAAGCCCCCUUUCAUUACAACCACUGAAUCAAACCCUUUUUAGAUUUUUCUUUUUUCUCUUCAUUUACUUUUAAUUUUGGGAAGAGAUGCCUGCCCUAGCGUGUUGCGUAGAUGCUGCAACCUUUCCUCCUGGUUACGCUAUCGUCGCCGGGGAUAGCUCUCUUCCGGUGGUGCUCCCGGAAGCAUUUUCCGACGCACCACUCCUACCGUUAACAAACACCACUGUAGCAUCGUCCCUACUCGAGUUACCCCUUCCUUCUCCUUGGUCACCAUCUCACUCAGCUUCUCUAUACAAAAUCAAUGGCUGGGGAGCUCCAUAUUUCUCAGUUAAUUCAUCUGGUAAUAUCACUGUUCGUCCCCAUGGAUUAGAAACAUUACCUCAUCAAGAGAUUGAUUUAAUGAAAGUUGUUAAGAAAGUUUCUGAGCCGAAAUCCCGUGGUGGAUUAGGUUUGCAGCUUCCUUUAAUUGUUCGACUUCCUGACGUUCUUAAGAAUCGGCUUCAGUCUCUUCAAUCUGCUUUUGAUUUUGCGAUUCAGUCGCAGAGCUAUGGUUCUCGUUACCAGGGUGUUUAUCCAGUGAAAUGUAAUCAAGAUAGGUAUAUGGUUGAAGAUAUUGUUGAAUUUGGAACACCUUAUAGGUUUGGUCUUGAAGCUGGGUCGAAGCCUGAGCUUCUUUUGGCUAUGAGUUGUCUGUGCAAAGGAAACCCUGAAGCUUUAUUGAUCUGUAAUGGUUACAAGGAUGCAGAAUAUAUCUCACUUGCUUUGGCUGCGCGUAAACUUGCUUUGAAUACUGUGAUUGUUCUUGAGCAAGAAGAAGAGCUUGAUUUGGUUAUAGAGAUGAGCAAAAAGCUCGCUGUGCGUCCUGUUAUUGGCAUGAGAGCCAAGCUCAGAACCAAACAUGCUGGUCAUUUUGGAGCAACUUCAGGGGAAAAGGGAAAAUUUGGAUUGAACACUAUGCAGAUUCUCCGUGUUGCCAAGAAACUUGAGCAAAAUGGAAUGCUUGAUUGUCUUCAGCUCUUGCAUUUUCACAUAGGAUCUCAGAUUCCUUCGACCUCAUUGUUAGCUGAUGGUGUUGGGGAAGCUACCCAGAUUUACUGUGAAUUGGUUCGUCUCGGUGCUGCUAUGCGUGUUAUUGAUGUUGGUGGAGGUCUGGGUAUUGAUUAUGAUGGAUCACAAUCUCCUGAUUCAGAUAAUUCAGUUGGUUAUGGAUUAGAGGAGUAUGCUUCUGCUGUCGUUCAAUCAAUACGAAAUGCCUGUGACCGUAAAUUUGUGAAGCAUCCAGUGAUCUGUAGUGAAAGUGGGAGAGCCCUUGUUUCUCAUCAUUCCGUUCUUAUCUUUGAAGCUGUCUCUGCAAGUGCACCUGUCGCCCCAACAUUGGAUUCUCUUGGUCUUGGAUUGCAUUACUUAGCCAAUGGGCUUACUGAUGACUCCCUAUCGGAUUACCGCAGCCUGACUGCAGCUGCAGUCCGUGGAGAUUAUGAGACUUGUUUGGUCUAUGCUGAUCAGUUGAAACAAAGGUGUGUUGAUCAAUUCAAAGAAGGAUCUUUAAGCCUUGAACAUCUUGCUUCUAUUGAUAAUAUAUCAGAGUUGGUUUCCAAGGCAAUUGGUACUUCUGAUCCUGUUCGCACAUACCAUGUGAAUCUCUCUGUAUUCACUUCGGUCCCUGAUUUCUGGGGAAUUGGACAGCAGUUCCCAAUUGUUCCAAUUCAAAGGCUUGAUGAGAAGCCUGUUGUCAAAGGGGUUUUAUCUGAUCUUACUUGUGACAGUGAUGGGAAGGUUGAUAAAUUCAUUGGAGGAGAAACUAGUUUACCUCUUCAUGAAUUGGAAGGUGAAGGAGGGAUCUUAGGUAGUGGCGGUGGUGCUGGUUAUUAUUUGGGAAUGUUCUUAGGCGGGGCUUACCAGGAGGCUCUUGGAGGAUUACACAACCUGUUCGGCGGCCCAAGUGUGGUACGUGUAUCACAGAGCGAUGGACCGCACAGCUUCGCAGUGACGCGAGCGGUGCCGGGGUUGUCUUGCGGAGAGGUCCUACGGGUGAUGCAGCACGAGCCAGAGAUGAUGUUUGAGACACUCAAGCACCGUGUAGAGGAGUGUAUUCACGGGGAAGACAGCGAUGACGAUGAGCUUGCCCGUGACACAUUGGUGAGCGGCCUUGCUCGCUCCUUCCAUAACAUGCCAUAUCUUGCCAAUAUCGCAACUGCUGCUUCAUUUUAUGAGAAGAAGAAUAAUGACAAUGGCGGUGGGGACUACUAUGGUGAUUACUAUCCAGACGAGGAUUACAAUAACAACUCUGUUGCUGCUGUUGUUGGCGAGGAAGAUGAGCAUUGGACCUAUUGUGUUGCUUGACUGACUCUGUCACAGACUCCAUCUUGAAUGGUUUUAGUUUAUCGUUUCUGUUCUGUUAAAUUUUUUUUUUUUUGUUUCCUGAUGCUUUGGAAAUCGUUUUAGUUGGAUAAAAGAAGCAGGACAUAAUUGUUGACUUGUCAUUGUCUUUCUUUUACUAUGCGGAGGAAGGGGGAAGGAAACUGAACAAAUUCAUGUUGUAAUUUCAGAAUCCAAUUCCCCCACUCUUUCUUCUCUCUAUUUAGUGAAUAAUAUAAUAAUAUAUUUAUUAGUUGAUCUC